CCGAGCAGUACAGGUCCUCCAACAUGCUGAACAUCGUCGCUUUCUUUGGGCUUCUCGCCGGUGCCCUUGCCGGUGACGUCGGGUACGGGUACGGUGCCGGUCUCGGCUAUGGUGUCGGCUACGGUCAUGCUGCUGUUGCUGCCCCAACCGUUGUCCGCCAAGCUGCUGUCGCCGCCCCCGCUGUUAGCUACGCUCGUUACGCUGCCCCAGCUGUCCAUGCUGUCGCUGCUCCAGCCGUUCACGCUGUUGCCGCCCCAGCUGUUCAACACGUCGCUACCGCCCCAGCUGUGAGCUAUGGUCGCUAUGGUCUCGGUUACGGCUACGGAGCUGGACUUGGCUACGGAGCUGGACUGGGCUACGGUGCUGGACUUGGUUACGGACUCGGCUAUGGAGCUCGCUACGGAUACGGAGUCGCGGCUGCUGCUCCAGUUGUCAGCCAUGCUGCCGUCGCUGCUCCAGCUGUUAGCUACGCCCGUUAUGCUGCCCCAGCUGUCCACCAAGUUGCUGCUGCUCCAGCUGUUAGCUACGCCCGUUAUGCUGCCCCAGCUGUCCACGCCGUUGCUGCUCCAGCUGUCCACCAAGUUGCUGCUGCUCCAGCUGUUAGCUACGCCCGUUAUGCUGCCCCAGCUGUUAGCUACGCCCGUUAUGCUGCCCCAGCUGUUCAAGCUGUUGCUGCUCCAGCUGUCCACCACGUCGCCGCAGCCGCCCCAGUCGUCAGUCAUGCCACCGUCGCUGCCGCCCCAGCUGUGAGCUACGGUCGCUAUGGUCUCGGAUACGGCUAUGGUGCCGGUCUUGGCUAUGGACUCGGCUAUGGAGCUCGUUACGGUUAUGGAGCUGGACUUGGCUACGGACUCGGCUACGGAGCUCGCUACGGAUACGGAGUCGCCUCUGCCGCCCCAGUCGUCAGCCAUACUGCUGUCGCUGCUCCAGCUGUCCACCACGUCGCCGCAGCCGCCCCAGUCGUCAGUCAUGCCGCCGUCGCUGCCGCUCCAGCUGUGAGCUACGGUCGCUAUGGUCUCGGAUACGGCUAUGGUGCCGGUCUUGGCUAUGGACUCGGCUAUGGAGCUCGUUACGGUUAUGGAGCUGGACUUGGCUACGGACUCGGCUAUGGAGCUCGCUACGGCUACGGUGUUGCCACUGCCGCUCCAGUUGUCAGCCACGGUGCUGUUGCUGCUCCAGCCGUUGCCUACGGUCACGGACUCGGUUACGGCUAUGGUCAGGGUCUGAGUUACGGACUCGGCUACGGAGGACAUGGCUACGGUCUUGGCCACGGCUACGGUCUUGGUGGAUACAACUACGGCCUUGGUGCUCACUACUACGGCCUCCACAAGAAGUAGAGAACAAAAGAAGAGAAGCCCACUCCAUGGACAACGGAGUACAGUCGAACACAACGACAUCGAUUUAUACUGUUCGAAGGAGCUCAAAUGAAAUAAAAGUAUUUAUUAACCACGCA